ACGUUUCAUCAGAAUCCCAAUCCAAAAACGUAGCACGUUGGCUUUUACAAGUCAAGGGAUUUUCCGCAACAGUCUAUACUAUUUUCCGAAACGUGAAUUUCUGCACUUGCAAAGCUUUUAGGUACAGAUUUCAGAUAUCAAGUUCUAGAAUCGCAAUUUGCUUUCACAUGCAAGCAUGUUUUGGCAGCAUGGCUAGCAUUUUUGGAUAAGGAGAAAUUGGUCUAUCAUAAAAUAACACCAGCGCAAUUUCGAGGAUUAUUACUCUACCACGUUUCGUACAAUCAACAUGACUACUCCUAAUGAUGAUUACAAAUUAGUGGCGAAAUUGGGGAAUCUCAAAACUGUCGUUCAUCUUUUGAAAGCAGUCAAUUUUAAAGAGAUUGCGACUUGUUCCGCUUGUGAAAAUGGGCUCAAAGUCACUGUCGAGGACGCAAAAUGUAUGCAGGCGACAGCCUAUCUUCCAAUCAGCGUUUUCCAGGAAUUUACUUUAAACGAGGACGUUAUUUUUCGGAUAAACUUAAGCAUAUUUGUUGAAUGUUUGUGUAUGUACUGGAGCAGCAUAAACGCUCAAGGAAGUGUCGUAGCUUUACAAAUGUUUUACAAGGGAAACGGACAUCCCGUUGUAAUACUUAUCGAAGAAGAGGGAAUAAUAACCGAGUGUUCUUUGAAAACUCAAGAACCUGACGAAUUGCUGAACUUUAAUCUUGAGGAAGAGAAUGUUUUGAACAAAAUUGUUUUGCAAACUGAACUUUUAAAGGACGUACUCGCUGAACUUGAUCCUUCCAGUGAAUUAAUCGAGUUAUUUUUAUCCCCAGACGCGCCUUUUUUUAAAAUAAAAACAGAUGGAUUGGCCGGAGACUGCGACAUAGAAGUUCCUCACGAAAGCGAAUUAAUAGACAGCUUUGAAUGCAAAGAGACAGCCAGUUCCUGUUAUAAAUUGGCUCACAUUAAGCCUGCUAUGAAAGCACUUUCUUGUGGCAAUAAAGUCUCCAUUCGGACUGACGACUGUGGAUUAUUAUGCUUUCAAUAUAUGGUCAGAACUGAAGAAGGCCACACUUGUUUUAUCGAAUAUUUUAUUUCUCCGGUUGUGGAUGUUAACGACUAACGAGAAUAAAACUCAAAUUAUGUUAUCAGUUUGAGUGAAAUCUGUAAAUAUAAAUAAUGUGUUUUAUACAUUUUAGAUAAUAAAUUAAA